AUGAUUACCUUUGACUAUUUCCCACAUAGUCAAACCAUUUCUUGUGACGAUUUCAACUUGCCAUUUUCAAAUGCAUUGAAGAUAUUUCAAGUUCUAAAUUGGACUCGAGAUCUCCAAAAUACGACUAGAAGAUUCAAUUCAAAAAAUGUCGAUCAGAAGAAGACAGCAAAACCCCCAAUUUGGGCAACCAAAUUAACCAUUUGCAAAACUAUCAAUGGUCAGUAUGCACUGAUUAACCUAGUACUUCUCAAUCGCUUAACAGUUUGGAAAAAGUUCAGCAAUUUGUUGAUAACAUUAAAAAUCAGGCAACACAAGAAAGAAAAGUUCAACCAAACCAUAAAACGAAAGGCAGUGAAAAUACAUUUUCGUUUAAAUAAACCCAGCACCAACCGUUUAAAAUUGCUUGAAGAAAGAAGAAGCGGCCCAAAUCCAAAUAGCAAAAUUUUAAACUUGGUUAGCAAUUCAUUUAUUUACUUUAGGUCUUCAAUAGCGAUUGCUACCAUAAAAAAUAGAAUUCUCGUUAAAUUUUUUGGGUUAGCAAGCCCGAAAAAUUCAAGCUUAACUACGCUUGAUGGGUUUCAUUCACAAUCAAAUGACUUAUUAACCCAUCAACCUACAAAGGAGUCGAGAAGUCUUGGGGCACAUAAAUUAGCAAAUAUUUCAUUAUGCCUUUCUUCAUUAUUUUUUAAACACCGACAUUAUCAGACAAAAUUAUUAUUCGUCGACAGCCAGCAAGAUAAGAAUACUAGAGUUGAGCAAAGAAAGUUUGGCUUUAGAAGUAGUUUAUACUCAACCAGGAAAAUUUUUGAAAAUUAUGUUAAGAAUGAGCAAAAAUUAUUCCAAAACCAACAAAUCUACUUCGCUAUAUUUAGUAACAUUUUGCUCCAUGUGAAUGAACUUUUGUCUGAGGCUCUUUUUCAUGCAGUCGUAAUCAGUUGCUUUGUGACCAAUGAAUUGGCUUUUACUCUUCGUCGGCGUAAUCCUAAGCUUGUACAAAAAUGGUCCAUAGUUUACAAACUUGUCCCAAAUGACUGGUUUAAAGGACAUUUUUGCCUUUGCUUUGUCGUUGAUUUGUGCAAAAACGAUGCUUCAGCUUACCCAAAGUAUCAAGAGAAAACAUUUUUUAAAUGCAGAAUUUCCUUAACCAAUAUUUUUUUAAAAAAAUAUUACCUACCUUUUGAAUACUAUAAAGAUCUGUGUAAGUUCAUACAUAUUUUUCGCUCGCUUAUUCAGUUUUUGAGUUUAAUUACGACUUGCAAAUCUUUGGCAUUUGUAGAACCCAUGCGCAGUCUCAAUCCUUGGAAAUACUAUUUCAACCAUUAUCGACAAUUCUUCUCUUUGAUAUUACUCGUAAUUUGCAAUUCUGCGAAAGCAAUUAUAGAGGUUGACCAUUAUAACGAAUAUCGUUCGGGGAACCUCAUUAGUUUUCUAAAUUUUAUGGCUUUUGCCGAAAUCAAUUAUCCCAAGGUUUCUUAUUCAUUAUUGCUGAGCAUUAUUUUGAAUUCCACUUUAGAAAUUUAA